AUGGACGACAUCUUCGUGGAGGUUCUCACGGUGACAGGAGUCCAAAUGCCCAUGCUGUACUUGUGCGAUGUGUACAAAAGAGCACAUUCUAUCAAGAGAACGCUUCCAGCCAAGGAUGCCAUUCAUGGCGCCAAAAUCGCCGUUUUGAACUCUGUCAUAUCGUUCUGUGCGGCUUACGGUAUAAUUUGCUUCCAGGUGCCGGAUAUGAUCCUUAACACCGAUGUGGCAGCCAGCAUCCAGUUCUUCGCCGACCGCCAAGACGCACAUGUGUUUCUAGCAGAUCUCAUAGCCAAAGCCGACGAGCAAGACUCAUUGAUGGAUGUUUUGGAGGUACUUGUACCAGGUCUUGCUGUCAAACUUCAUCUGGUCUCGCUCCACCAACCAGAGUACUCUAAAUAUCUUUCUCUCUGGGAAUCCCUUGCCGCCAUGAAGCCAGUCUGUGCUAAUUUCUCGCAAAUCCCAGGCUUCAACCCAAGUGACCGCAAGAAGGCUCUAGCCUUUGAACAUGAGACUUUGCUCGGAUCCUUCCUCAAAUUGUCUCCUCUAAGCAGCGCUUCGGCCGUGGCAUACUUCAACUCAAACCCUCAAAUGACCGAGGAGCUUCAAUUGUCGAACAGCCAGCUUUCGCCAAUUUUCAUGUCGAUCAAAAGCGAGUAUAGAGCACUUUUCGAUAGAUUGUGGUUUAUCGUUGACAAGCUUGUUCGUGGAGGUGCAAGAACGAGACUGGACAUGAUGAAAUGGUUUGCCGAGCUUGUGAAUCUCUCUCACUUACGUACGGGUACCUACGCUGAUCUGCGCAAGCUUCCGUCCGAUGCAUUCAUGUUCAACAUCUCUUAUAUAUUUGUGCGUCUAAGCAUGCCGUUCUUAGAUUAUCCUGGAUACACAAAGCUUGACAAGAUCAACCAAGACUUCUUUGGCCCACUGAACAAACUAUUGGAAAUUACUGACGAGGCCAGAGUCUAUGCGUCGUCCAAAGAGGCUGAAGAGUACUACGAAGACGCAAUGGCACAGGAUGCCAACUUCAUCACUGAAUGUUUCUAUGUGUCUUUGGCAUACUUGCACUAUGGUAUUGGCGGGACUAUUUCCAACUACAAGAAACUCAAAAAGCAGCAGCAACAUUACAGUCAGCAACUCGAAGCACAGAAAAAGCGUUUGGGACCACAGCACCCUUUGUUGCAGACCCUUGUAACCGCACUCAAUACCAGUAAGUGCUGUUGGUGGGCCAUUACAGCAUUUGCGGUCGAUCAAAGUAUCAACGGAGACAUCUUUGAUUUUGUUGUUGGAGCCACACAAUUCUUCACCAGAAUUAUAGAUCCAGCGCACAAACAUCCAUCUCCAAAAUUGCAAAUUCCCAUCUUUGAGGUGGACAAAGUAAGUCAGUUGGACGACUUUGAAUUCUUAAAGUCCAAGGCUCCUUUGCCAUGGAAGUACUUGCCAGAGUUUUGCUUGGAGGGAAUCAUCAAUUAUUCAAAAUUCUUGUUUGAAUUCCAAUACAACUCGCUCGAAAACGAUCAAAAGGUUUCAUGUCUAGCAGAUUUCCUAGUCACUUUGUUGAGAUGUCCUGAAUUAGUUGGAAACCCACACAUGAAAGGCUCCAUUGUCGAAAUUUUGUUUUUCGGAAGCAUCAACGACGGCAACUCUAGACCGGGCGUGUUCAACAAGCUUUUGUUCGAAGAUCCGUUGAUCCAAAACAAUUUGCUUUAUUCUUUGUUGGAUGUCUACGUGACAGUUGAAAAGACAGGCGCCUCGUCUCAGUUCUACGACAAAUUCAACAGCAGAUUCUACAUUUCCAGGAUUAUAGAGCAAUUGUGGCAAUCAAACUUUUACAAAACGCAAUUGAGCAGCUAUUCGAGAAGCAAAGUUGACUUCUUCAUUCGUUUCGUGGCAAGAAUGUUAAACGACACAACAUACUUAUUCGAUGAGGCGUUCAACGAACUAAACAAAAUCCACAGCAUGCAAGAAGAGUUGAAUCGGCGCGAGGCUGGCCAAGAAGCAGACGAGGAAACUCACGGCACGACGGAAGAAUUGCAAUCGCUGUUGCAGACAUCGGAGCAGCGUGCCAAAUCCGAGAUGGGGCUUGCAAACCAAACAAUGAUGUUGUUCAAACUCUUCACGGAACAGGUUCCUGAAGGCUUCACGAUUCUGGAGCUUGUGGACCGUUUGGCCGGUAUGUUGGAUUACAACUUGACCUUGAUGGUGGGCCCCAAAUGUUCCAAUUUGAAGGUCAAGGAGCCCGAGAAGUAUGGUUUUGACCCCAGAAAAAUGCUUUCGGAUAUAUGCCAAGUCUACGCCAACUUGAGCAAGCAGCAGAAAUUCGUCGAUGCGGUGGCCAGAGACGGAAGAUCGUUCGACUUCAAGCUUUUCGCCCGCGCCAAAGACAUCUUGUCCAAGAGAACCAGCACGCUCCCCGAGACGAUCACCAAAUUCUAUGAAUUCGGAGAAGCUGCAGAGAACCAGCGACUUUUGGUGGAGCAAGAAGAAAUGGAGUUGGGAGACGUGCCCGACGAGUUCUUGGACCCCUUGAUGUACACGCUCAUGGAGGACCCAGUGAUUCUUCCCGGAUCCAAAGUUACGAUCGAUAGAUCUACCAUCAAAGCGCAUUUGCUCAGCGACCCCACGGAUCCAUUCAAUCGUAUGCCAUUGAACCUCGAGGACGUGAUUGACGACGUGGACAUGAAACAGAAAAUCGCCGAGUUCAAAAAGGGCAAACGCAGUGUACAGUAA